AUGGCGAAUUUUCUCAAUGGAAUCUUUUCCUUGUGGUUCAUUCCCAUGCAAGCAUUCUUCAUCAUACUGGCCUUUUCCACCAUACUCAAUCUUCUAUCCAAGCUCAAUUCCAAUGCAGAAAAAAACUCACCACCAUCUCCUCCAAAGCUUCCAAUAAUCGGAAACCUACACCAACUUGGCACCCUCAUUCACCGCAGUCUCCAUUCAUUUGCUCAAACCUAUGGCCCUGUAAUGUUGCUUCACUUUGGGAAGGUCCCAGUUCUCGUGGUGUCAACAGCUGAGGCUGCUCGCGAGGUUAUGAAAACCCAUGACCUUGUUUUCUCCAAUAGACCACAUUCUAAGUUGAAUGAUAUCCUCUUAUAUGAUUCCAAAGAUGUGGCAACUGCUCCUUAUGGAAACUACUGGCGGCAGAUGAGGAGUAUUUGUGUCUUGCAUCUUCUCAGUGCAAAAAAGGUUCAAUCCUUUGGUGCAGUGAGAGAAGAGGAAAUCUCCAUAUUGAUGGAAGAGAUUAAAAAGUGUUGUUCUUCUUUGAUGCCUGUGAAUUUAACUGAUUUAUUUUGUAAUCUCACAAAUAACAUAGUGUGUAAAGCUGCUCUCGGAAGGAGAUACAGUGGAGAAGGAGGGACAAAGCUUCGGGAGCCAUUGAAUGAGAUGAUGGAACUGCUGGGUGCUGAAGUUAUAGGGGACUACAUACCUUGGCUUGAUUGGUUGGGAACAGUUAAUGGAAUGUAUGGUAGGGCAAAGAGAGUGGCUAAACAGCUUGAUGAAUUUUUGGAUGAUGUUAUUGAUGAGGAUGUUAGUAAAAGAGGGCAUGAUGGUGAUGGUGAUGGUGAUGAUGAGCAGACUGAUUUGCUGAGAGUUAUGUUGAGGAUCCAAAAGACAAACUCCAUGGGCUUCCAGAUUGACAAAACAACCAUAAAGGCAUUGAUCCUGGAUAUGUUUGCCGCGGGUACUGAUACUAGCUUCUCAAUCCUAACCUGGAUAAUGACAGAGCUCUUAAGGCACCCAACUGUGAUGCAGAAGCUACAAGGUGAGAUAAGGAAUGUGGUUAGUGGCAGAACUCGCGUGACUGAGGAAGAUUUAAGCAGCAUGCAUUACUUGAAGGCAGUGAUCAAAGAAACUUUUAGAUUACACCCCCCUGGACCCUUGUUGAUUCCAAGGGAAUCCAUGGAAGAUGUGAAAGUGAUGGGUUAUGACAUUGCAAAGGGCACACAAGUAAUAGUGAAUGCUUGGACAAUUGGAAGAGAUGGUUGUUAUUGGGAGCAACCUCUGGAGUUCAAACCAGAGAGAUUCUUAAAUAAUUCAAUAGAUGUGAAAGGACAUGAUUUUGAAUUGAUACCAUUUGGAGCAGGAAGGAGGGGUUGUCCAGGAAUAGUAUUUGCCAUGAAUGUGAUUGAGCUGGUCCUAGCAAAGCUUAUUCACCAUUUUGAUUGGGAAGUGCCUGGUGGAGUAGUGGGUGAUCAGACACUGGACAUGACUCAAAAGGCAGGGUUAACCAUUCAUAGAAAAUUCCCUCUUGUGGCAACUGCAUCGAUCCCUACAUGUAUUAAUAAGUGA